ACCUAAUUUGAAGCUGCUUCUGGGAUCCACUCUUGUGGGUGUGUCACUGAACGAUUCAUCCCAUGAGUGAAUUUCGCGAAAUGUGGCUGCGUGUUAUCUGAAGCCCUUUACUGAGGAGUUAAACUUUCAGCUUGAGAAAGUAAAGGCGUUGUUGACACUCAGAAGUCAAGUUAAUUUGAGGUAGGCUUAGAGCAUUGAUAACAUUGCCUAAAGUUUGUGAAAAGUAAAUAAAAUUCAUUUUUUACAGCACCAAGUUCCACUUCUUGCGUCAUCAAACCCAGGCAGGGUGAGGCUACCUUCACCAGAUAAUCUUAAACCUCUUUGUACAAACUUCAGUUAGGAUUGUUAUAUUUAUAUCAGAGCCUUUUUAGUGUUUGGCACAGAGUCCUGUGGCACAGAAAGAGGCCAUUUGGCCCAUCUAGUCUAUGCCAAAUUAUAGUUCUGCUUAGUCCAAUCAAACUGCACUUGGACCAUAGCCCUCCAUACCCCCCCCCCCAUCAUGUAAUUAUCCAAACCUCUUAAAUACAGGUGUCCCCCACUUUACGAAUGUUUGCUUUAUGCCACUUUGCUUUUUUACAAAACACCUACAUUAGUAACCUGUUUUCGCAUUACAAAGAGGAUUUCUGCUUUUACGAAAAUUUUUCCCAUAUAAAUUAAUGGUUCUUCGCUUUAUGCCAUUUCGGCUUAAGAAAGGUUUCAUAGGAAUGCUCUACCCUUGUAAAAGGUGGGCGGGGGGGACACCUGUAUUGAAAUCAAUCCCACAUCCAACACUUCUUCUGACAGCUCGUUCCACACUCUCACCACCCUCUGAGUGAAGAAGUUCCCCCUCAUGUUUCCCUUAAACAUUUCACCUUUCACCUUCAAACCAUGAUCUCGAGUCCUAGUUUGUGUCUGGGAGAUGACGUUACAUUGUAAACUCUUGUCAUGCACUGAAUUCAGGCUCAUCACAAGAUCAAGAUCUGUAUUGGCUGAAAUAUAAACAAAAUGCUGGAAAUACUCAUCAGAUUAGAUCUCAUCCGUGAAGGGAAAGAUGAAUUAAUGUUUCAUGUUGAUAAGCUUUCAUCAAAAGUAGAUAGAAUUAGAAAUCGAAGAAGGUGGAGAGAACAAAAAAAUGUCUGCGACGGGGAGAGCAAUCGAGACAAUGUCAGGUAUGACAAGAUUGGUGAAGGGUUGCUAAUUGCAGCUGCUCUGUCAGAAGGAGAUUUAAUUAGAGAGAAAUGAAUGUAUAUAAAAGAGAGAAAAUUGCUGGAACUGCAAGAUACGUUGUAAUUGAUGGGAAAUUUUAAAAUAAAAUAGGAAUACUAGAGAUACUCAGCAUGUGAAAGGUUGAAGGUCUUUCAUCAUAACUGGCCAGUGUUGGCAUCAUCUGAAAAGGCUGGUUGUUUGAAAUUCUUGAAUUCAAUGCCAAGUCCUAGAUAGAGCAGCUGCAACUAAUAAGCCUUCAAGAUCUUCUCUCAGCAGACACUGCCACCAAUUGUGCCUUUCUGUCGCUUUUUGCUGCUCCCCCUAUCACAGACAUCCUCUGUGUUCUCUCCACCCUGUGCCUGCUCUCUAACUUUUCCUGCGCCUGAAGACAGGUCUUCAAUCAGAAAGGUUUCCGUUUUUCUGGCCACAGCUGCUGCGUGGCCAGCUUGUGGGAUGUUUUUAUUGCACAAGGUUUUGAUCAGGAAAUUAGUAAAUGUUUGCUAGUGAUUAGCCUAAACCUUACGCAGGUGUCACACGUCACGUUGCAAUUCCUGUUCAUCAGGUGUGUUUAGAAAUAACUAACUGAAGUGCAUUAUGGGAUUAAUAAACCUACCUUUCUAAGAAGCCUGUUCUGUGCACUCCUUUGAAUUGAAGAAAUUUAAGAUAAGGGCCUCGCCAUGUCUGAGCCAGUAACGCUGAACGUAGGGGGAAGCUUGUACACCACUUCUUUGACAACUUUAACUCGCUAUCCAGACUCAAUGCUCGGUUUAAUGUUUGGUGGGACGUUGCCCAUUAAAAAAGAUUUACAAGGAAACUGCUUCAUCGAUAGGGAUGGAAACAUGUUUCGCUACAUCCUAAAUUUCCUUCGCACAUCACAGUUGGACCUUCCAUAUGAUUUCCAAGAGCUGGAUCUUCUGAAUAGAGAGGCUGAUUUUUUUCAGAUCCAACCUCUGCUGGAGGCUUUGCAGAAAGUCAUGGUGAAGCCUACUAAAGUGAGAGUGAAUACAAUUCUUAACAUCAUUUAUGACUCACAUUUACAUAAUAUUGGUUCUUUUACUGGAAAAAUCAUUAGUGCUCAGGUUUUUUCUACAUCAUGUGACUUAUUGAAACUCCUGAAUUCCAAGUUCUACCACAGAGUUAAUGGGGAGAGUGUGGCUAUAAACAGCAAAGAAGAGAACCAGAAAUGUAUUUCUCUAGAAUGGGUUGAAAGUGGCUUAAACGCAAUGGAAGGACGAUAUUUACUGCAGAAUUGGAAAAGCCUCUUUGUUGCACCAUCUCAUCAGAAAAUCAAAAAUCUGCAAAUGUUUUUGCAACACGUCGUAAGGAUAGCAGUGAACGGUGGAUUCCUUCUCCAUUCCCUUCCUCCCACUUCAUCCAGCCCACUGGUCCUCCAUUUUACUCAGUGCUGACAAAACUAAUGCAGGUCCUGACGAAGGUCUCAGCCCGAAACGUCGACUGUGCUUCUCCCUAUAGAUGCUGCCUGGCCUGCUGCGUUCCACCGGCAUUUUGUGUGUGUUGCUGCAGUUUCCUUUAUUUAGGUUAAUAAUAUUGACUGGAUUUGAUCACAAACAUUGUUUUCCCACGCAUUUCAGGCCAAGUCAUUAGGUAUACUUAAAGCAGAGGUUGACAGGUUCACAAUUAGUAAGAAUGUCUAAGGUUCUGGGGAGAAUGCAGGAGAAUGGGGUUGGGAAGGAUAAUAGAUCAGCCAUGAUGGAAUGGCAGAGAAGACUCAAUGGGCUGAAUGGCCUAAUUUUACUCGUAUGUCUUAUGUUUAAAUGAAAACUGAAUAGCUUCUUUUUCUUCCAAGGAGCUGCGUAUUUUUUGCAGCUGUAUACUUCAUAAUAAUUUUCAUGUAAAAUUUUUAAAAUAUUGUUUCUUAGAACAGUACAGCACAGUACAAGCUCUUUGGUCCACAAGGUUGUGACAACCUUUAACCUGCUCUAUGCUUAUUUUACUUUGUUGGUUUAACUUUGGUUGUUUUGUUAAAACCGACUCACCUCAUGUAAAUUUCAACAACCUUUACUUCUAUUGUUCCUUUAAAAAGCAACACAAAGCCACUGGUGUUCAGUGAACUCACAGUGAACAGUGUUCAGUGAGAAUUCAGCGAGUCAAACAGCACGUACAGCAAGAAAUGGACAGUUCUCGUUUCAGAUCAAGACCAUUCACCUUGUCUAAAAGAUUAGGUUUUUUUUUGUUUCUCUUACUUUCUCCAGCAGCUUGUGAGUUGCUCCAGAUUCCAGUAUCUUCAAGGUUCAGAGUAAAUUUAAUAUCAAAGUACAUGUAUGUCAUCAUAUCCAAGCCUGACAGUCAUUUUUAUGCAGGCAUACUGCAUAAAUCCAAUAACCAUAAUAGAAUCAAUGAAAAGCUGCACCAACUUGGGUGUUCAACCAGUGUGCAAAUGUCAACAAACUGUGCAAAUACAAAAAUAAAGAAAAAAUAAUAAUAAAUUAGCUAUAAAUAUCAAGAACUUGAGAUGAAGAAUCCUUGAAAGUCAGUCUAUAGUUUGUGGGAACAUCUCAGUGAUGGGACAAGUGAAGUUACCCUCUUUGUUUCAAGAGCCUGAUGUUCCUGAAUCGUGAAGCUCCUGUACCUUCUUCCUGAUGGCAGCAACAAGAAGGCUGAUGAAUGCUGCUUUCCUGCGGUAAUGCUCUGUGUAGAUGGGCUUAGUGGUGAGGAGGGAUUUAACUGUGAUGUACUGGGCUAUAUCCUCUACUGUAGUAUUUUCCUUCCAGGGGCAUUGGUAUUUCCAUACCAAGCAGUGAUGCUGUCUGUCAAUAUACUCUCCACCACAUAUCUCUGCAAGUUUCUCAAAGUCCAUUCGGUCCCUAUUUGGUCAAAGAGAAAAGUUUUCAACGUCAUUGUAGAAGAGAAAACCAGGCAGACUCUGAUGAAGGGAAUCAGAACUCCAGAGCCUGUUGGCAGGAUGUCUAACACCAAGCAAAGAGCAAUUAUUGAAAACAAUCACCGUGACCAUUCCAUUUCUAAAUUGCUCUAUCUCCCACAGCUAUUUGUUUGUUUGUUUAUUUAUUUAUAUAUUGAGAUAUAGUGCGGAAUAGACCCUUCCGUCCUUUCAAGCUGCACCGUCCAACAAUCCCCGGUUUAAUCCUGGCCUUAGCACAGGACAAUUUACAAUGACCAAUUAACCUAUCAACUGGCAUGUCUUUGGAUUGUGGGAGGAAGGCUGAGCACCCAGAGGAAACCCACGCAGUCACAGGGAAAACAUACAAACUCCUUACUGGCAGUGGCAUGAAAUGAACCGGGUCACUGGUACUGUAAAGUGUUGUGCUAACCAUUGCACUACUAAAUAAGGACUCCAUAACCAGCAGAUUAAUCACUGACUGCUUACAAAUCAGCUCUUGUAAUCAUUAAAAUGAUAUUACUUGAAUCUUUUAAUUGAUAUUCUUCAUUCCACAUACUUUGUGAUAUUAGAUUACCAUCAUAGUGUCAAUUUUUGAUUGGUCUUCACCACACUGUGGGCCACCUAUUCCUGCUCAAGUUUAUAAAUACAUGAAAAUCAUAAUGGACUGGCUCUCCACAAUGAUGGAUAAUCUUGUUUGCUCCUGGGGGGGGGGAAAUGGUUUAUAAAUUAAGUGAAAACAACAUGGAGAUUCUGUACAUCAUAAUACUUUUACCUAUUGAAGCUUGGAAAGAAACCCUUGCAUAUGUGCUGAAGAUCAAUGCUGUUUUACUAAGGAAUCUACAUUGUUAUCCAGGCAUAUUUGACACAAAUGAUCCCUUAGUUACUGCUAAACCAUUUGCUAACAAAAGUAAUAAAUUUAUUUAAACUUAU